UUUUAUUUCCUAGUCACAAGUUAUUUGUGGGCUACGUCGUGUGCGCACGCACGGGACUGACCUCGUUUAAAACCUAUACGCCGGCGUUGUACAUGAAAAUGGUGAGAAGACGUUCGCAUGUGUGCGCGCCGUCCCGGGGGCGUGGCCCCGCUCUCGUGUUCGCAGUGUAGCGUACGAACCGUAAGCCUUUGGAGCGUGUGCGCGCCGCGGGGGCGUGGCCCCGUUCUCAUCCUCGCCGUGCACGGGGAGCGAGCGCCGCACGGGGCACACGGCGCGGGCGAGUCCAGGGAGGCUCGGGAACGAACGGCUGAGUGGUGGCGCGAUGGCUUCGUCUCAAGGCAAACACGACGUGCGCUUCGCCGACUGGAUGGCAAAUUUGCCGGAAAACCUGCACAACGUCCCGCUGACCAACCUGGCCAUACCCGGCUCUCAUGAUUCCUUCAGCUUCUAUAUCGAUGAAGCCUCCCCUGUGGGUCCUGAGCAGCCAGAGACCGUGCAGAACUUUGUCUCCGUGUUUGGCACAGUGGCCAAGAAGCUGAUGCGGAAGUGGCUGGCCACCCAGACCAUGAACUUCAACAGCCAACUGGAAGCUGGUAUCCGAUUCUUCGACCUGCGGAUCUCCACCAAGCCCCGUGACCCAGACAAUGAGCUCUACUUCGCCCAUGGGCUCUUCAGUGCUAAGGUCAGGGAGGGGCUGGAGCAGAUCAACACCUUCCUGGCAUCACAUGCCAGAGAGGUGGUCUUUCUGGACUUCAACCACUUUUAUGGUGUGCAAAAUCUCCAUCAUGAGAAGCUGGUUCGUAUGCUACGCGAAGUCUUUGGGGAGAAGCUCUGUCCUGCCAUCUUUGCCCAGGAGGUGACGCUCCGGUACCUGUGGGAGAAGGAGCUGCAGGUCCUGGUGUUCUACCACAAUCCUGUGGCCCUGGAGGUACCUUUCCUGUGGCCAGGGCAAAUGAUGCCCUCCCCUUGGGCCAAUACCACCGACCCGGACAAGCUGAUCCAGUUCCUGCAGGCCUCUGUUGCAGACCGGAGACGCAAGGGUACCUUCUUCGUCUCGCAGGUGGUUCUCACCCCCAAGGCCAGCACCGUCAUGAAGGGCGUAGCCAGUGGUCUGAGGGAAACCAUCACUGAGCGGGCUCUACCUGGGAUGAUGCAGUGGAUCCACUCGCAGAGGCCUGGGGAGAGCGGAGUCAACAUCAUAACAGCCGACUUCGUAGAGCUUGGAGAAUUCAUCAGUACGGUCAUUGCGCUCAACUACCUGCUGGAUGAGGAGGCGGACAGCGCCACUUGAUGGAGCCCAGGGAAGGGUGGCGGGGCCAUCUGAAGACCUCGCUGUUACGUUCUAACGGGGUAUGUUUUUGUGGAGGAGCUUCUGUUUCUCUGACCUUUUAGGGCUAACUGAGUUACAGUGGGUGGGAGAGGGGAACUUGUGGCUAAAGUGACUAAUUCUUUUCAUUGAGUUUGUAACAGAAUUAAAUAGAAUUGUUUUAUAUUUUGGGGGAAAAAGGGCAAAAAGCCUUACCGUGCUGUGCUUCUCAGCUGCGUCAGUAAUCGGUUUAUCGUUGAGCACUUUUGCAUCGUCUUUCCAUUUCCGCUUUAUGGCUCCGUGGCUGAAGCAAGGCAGAUAAAUAACCAACAGUGAACAAUGUGCUUUUCAGACAUGAUUCUUUCCGUAAAAGUAGCAUCAUGCUGCAGUAUAGUGUUGUAAGUCACAUAUGUCAUAGCAGAUAAUGUGUACAGAUACGAAAAAAAAAAAAAAAAUACACAAAAUAAAUCCAGCAAAUAACUUUCAAAAUAAAACAUUUUUCAUUUGAUUGUAAUUUAUACACAGAAAACUGGUUUCACUGUAAAUGUGUAUCUUACCACAGUGCUAACACGAUUUCUUUUCUGUAACUUAAUGGCUUAACAGAAGAAUAUUGAUAGUGUUCAGAGCGCUUGAGAGCCAUAUUUAAAAAGUUAAAUCAAUUUUAAAAAGUUGUACAAAUUACAUACCGAAAUCGAGUCUAGAUUGCCCUACCAUUAAAAUCUAUUUCCAGAGAAGAGAAGAAAGGAGGAAUAGGACCUUCUCUUGUACACGAACUGCGUUAUUGCCUCGUGUAGUCCGUUGCAUUGCUCAUUGGUGUGAAGACAACAGUUUUUUCCCCCAAUAAUUUUUUCAGCACUCUUCAUUGAUCACGUUGCCUGGAGAUGCUACGGUGUACUUUUGAUUGCACCCUCAAAAAAGUCACUGGGCCCAGAUUCUCCCUCCUAUGCUUCUCCUGUUGUCGUCUCCGAUACUCCACAAAUAUGAGGAGAAUUUUGUCCUGGGGGUUCAAAAUUAGAUUCUCCAUUCAGCUAUGUGUGCCCAGAUCCUGCUGAAGCCAUUAGUCUACAGACUGGAGUGUCUUUAAUGCACACCUUAAAUAUUGCCUUGAGUUCCUCUGAAUAGCUAGCAGAACAUUUGAGGAACUACAUUUUAUAAAAUUGAAAAUGUGCUAAAAUAUCCUACACUUUUAAGCAAAGAUGGAGAGCUUGAGUAAUCAUCCGUAAAAUUAGCUCUGGCUCUCUCACACCUCUCACAAUCUCCUGCAAAGUCAUGGGCAUUGUAGGAGCACUUCAGAAUGACUGACUGCAGAGAGAACAGAAGCUGGGGAAGCUCAUGAUUCAUGUUGCAAAAUUAGUUAUACAAUAAUUAUUCCUUAAAUGAAUAAAAAUUGUGCUAAUCUACAGUGCAUAUUCCGUGUAAUUGUAUUUUUUUUUAUGAUUCAGUGUACUUGUUUUUUCUAUUUGAAGUGUCAGUUUUUUAAUGCAAGAUUAUUUUCUUGAAAUGGGAUUCGUGAGUUACAUUAUCUCUUCAAAAAUGUGAUAUUUUAUAUCUAUGAUCUUUAAAAUAUCUAGGAUGUAAUCAGAUGGACCCAUACUCUGCAGAUAAAAUGCCUGGUCUAUACAUACACAAUAUAUAAUUAUACAGCAUCUCAGUGUUGAAGGGUCACAGUUAAUUUUUCUGGAAACUGAACCUGUGUGUGUUUCAGUAUUUAUGUGAAGCAAUAUAAUGUGCAUUAACAAAUGUGGAAGAGUGCACCACAGCAACUCAUUAGCAGGAUAGUGGGGUCAUUGCCCUGGGGUGCAGGGUGGAGGCAACCCUUCCCUCUCUGCCUGUUUCUGUUUAAUGCAUUCAAUUGCUUUGCAGUUGAUCGCACUGAAAGAUCUGAGAUGCCGUGGAUUCGUUCGCGCAAAUAUCUCCCCCAUGUGCUCAUGAAUGGAUGAAAAAAGCACGGCACAAGGUCUCCAAGUAGCAAUCGAGAAAGAGCACACAUGAGUCUGAAAAUAUAGUGCAGCGAAGUGUUUGAAUGAAAAAUCCUCUUAGUUAAACUACAAUAAAAUUGUACCAUAUAUUAAAAUCAAAAGGUUUACCUGUUGUAAUCAAAACUCUCCACUAAGUGUUCAGUGUGUUGUAACUUGCAGUCACAGCGUCUUUGUAAUUGUGAGCAAGUACCGUAUAUCUUCUAGAAAUUAUACAUUGUAAUAGAACUUUUGGUUUAAACAGUGUAUCAGUGGGGUAGUUUUAACUAAGAGGUAGUGAAAUUAUCUGCAGUUCCACAAAUCUCGCUUGGCAUUGGCAGCUUUUGUCUUGCAGUCUUUACAGUCUUUACAAUGAUAAUGUAUCAUGGAUAUAACUACUCGUUAUGUAAUGUUUGCAUGCAUUUUAAUGUGCUCUUGCUCACAGUUACACUGAGUUACUGAGAUUUUCUCAGGCCUUAAAGUAUUCUUUGAAUGGGAUCGAUCCAGUAUUCAUCAAUUCAGCAUUAACUGAUUUCUCCUGACCUGUAACGCAAACAUUAUAUCAAAGGUCAGUGAAAGCCUAAAGGAAACAAUCUUUUCAAAAUCAAAUCAAUGACCUUGUUGCCAAUCACAGCCAACAAGGGCCAUUCACACCUUCUGCAAGCUGGGUUAUCUGGGCUAAAAAAAAUACGCCGGAGAUUGGAAAACACACAGAACACUUUCUUUGAAUGUCUGAAGUUUUCCAGCUAUUGCAGAAUUCUUUAUUAUUUCAUACAUAUGUAAAUCAAAUGUAGUGCAUACUCAGAUUUAUUUUAUAGCUUCAUUACUUUAAAAGCAGUUUUUUAAUAGUAUUCCUCCAUCAUAAAGGCAUAAAAUCCUAAAAUGUAACAUAUUCUGUAAGUUUAUGCUGAUUUAUACAACAGCUGAAGCAGACACAACCCUUGAACCAUGAGAAGGCAUCGCUCAGUUUCACCAUUAUGUAGCUCCGUGUUUCAGAAUGUAUUCAGUAUGGAAUUUUGUGUUAUGUAAAAUGAUUGAUGUGGACCAAAAAUGAUAUUGAAAAUGUUUUUGUCUCUUCUGAAGCGUGAUGUUCCAAUAAUGUUUGUAAGACUGUGUGUGUGUGUGUGUGUGUGUGUGUGUGUGUGUGUGUGUGGAGGAUGUAAUGAACAAUAAAGAUGAAUCGAUAUCCAAAAUAUUUCUUAAACAUCAUAUUAUUUUAUUUUUGCAUUACAUGAAAACCAAAGAGAUAAUACUCUAUUCAGCUAUUACAUUUAUUCCUGCUUUUAUGUAAUCAGUUUGUCAGUAUUCAUCUGAUACAACAAACUUUGCGAUGAUAUUACCGUAAAUUAUGUGAAACGCUUUAAUGACUCAAUUAUAACAACAUUCUGCUGUUUUAUUCCAAGAGAUUUUAGUCUUUGUUCGUUUCUGAAUAUGGACAAAAUUCAGCUACCUUUGGUAUGGUUCGGUUAACUUGUCAUAAGAAUUGUAUAGCUAAUGAAUCUUUUGGAGACUAUAAUAAAACGGGCGCAAAGUCUGAGCAGAAAAGCUUUUAAGCAAUCAUUUUAAAUCUUUCCAUUUAUCAUUAUAGGCAAAUAGGAGAGUAGACUAGCAUGAGCUGUAGGUCCUUGUUUUGCCUGUGAAAUGAAGUAAGCAAAUGUAUCUGUAAUUUCUGAGAAGACACCCUGUGCUGUAGUGGUUACGGUGUAUCUGAGCUGCCUUCACUACUCUUGUAACACUUGUACCGAAAGAAUUGCUUUUUUGGUUUUCAGUUCUUGAGUGCUGAAUCCUGUAAAUGGCUGUUAACGUAAAAACUGUAACUUGCGUGUGACAAAACUGACUUGCUGUAAGGAGGAGGUCAAAUAAAUAAAGACUCUG